GUUUGGCGGUAUCCGCGGUAGACAUUUGCUGAUCGGGCGACACAUGAAAACCGGCUGAUUGGUCGGCUCUUCUGCCCGUCUUAACCCGGCCUACUGCUGUUUCCUUCGCAUCCGUAGAGAGCAGAAGAAAGACUCCAGCACAUGGAAGGGCUUCCAGAGCGAGGUCGCCGUGCGUUCUGGGGGCCGAAAGCGCACCCGAAAACCACACCCGUGGUGAAGGAAGGGCCGUUACCGCGCCAACACCGCGAAUAUGCCACCGCUGAGAGGGCGGCGAUGGACGAGGAAGUCGGCCAAGCGGUCGAGAAGGACAACGAGCGAGUUAACCAACGCAUCAAGAGAAUAAUGAUGUUCUUGGUGGUUGCGCUGGUAGUCAGCGCGAUUGUGGACAUUGCCUGCCACGACAACGUCAGGACGUGGCUUGAAACGUCGUUCGAGUGGAUAGAGGACAACCCGAAGGCCGGGGUCGUGGUUUUCGCCCUGCUCUUCUGCUUGUCGACCCUGCUUUUCGUGCCCGGGCUGCUGCUGACGAUCGGAGCGGGGGUGGCCUUUGGAAGGGCUCUGGGGUUUGGUUUCGGGGUCCUGUGGGGCUCCGUGGCUGUAUUGUUGGGAGCGGUGGUGGCGUGCGUGAUCGCCUUUUACCUCGGUCGGUACGUGCUGCACGAACAGGCACAGAGCUGCGCCAAGCGCUACCGGAUCUUGAGCGCGGUGAACACCGCGAUCGAGCGCAACGGGGUCAAGGUCAUGAUCCUGCUGCGGCUCUCGCCCCUGGUGCCCUUCUCCGGCUUCAACUUCAUCGCGGGCCUGACGAAGGUCUCGCUGCGGGACUACCUGCUGGGCACCGUGGGCAUCGUCCCGGGGACCCUGGCGUUCGUAUACAUCGGAGCGAGCACGGCGGGAACGAUGAACGAACAGGAGGCGAUGAACUCUGGGGAGGCUGACAGAACGGAGUGCAUAAUCAGGAUGGCCACUCUGAUCGUUGGCGCCGUUGCCGCCGUCCUGGCGAUCGUGGCGGUGACGAUCUACGCCAGGAGAGCUCUCAAGCAAGCGCUGGUGGAGUCAGAGCUAGAUGCCAACGCAGACAAGGAGGAAAAAGCGGAGCACGAGGGAAGCGCCACAGAUGUCGAGUGUGGCAGCUCCCCAGGAGAGUUCAAGGAGGCUGUGGACAGCGGCGGGAGUGGGGGGGAGAGAUCCUGGGGCCAAUAGGCAGGAAGUAUUGCAACACCAUCGCGGCGGGAGGGGGGGCUACGAUCAUGAUUUGUUGACAAGCGACAGGCAGGAGCAUGACGACCUCGUUCUCGGCGAUACGCUGACGUCCCGAUAUUUAUGGAAAGCGACCACGCCUCUCGCUCAUCUAAAUGGUGCUCUUCGCUCCCUGGAGUUGUAUUGGUUCGAUUGCAGCAACACCGAGGCCAGAUAUUUGUCCCUUGAGGGUGAGCUCGGGCAUGCCAGAAAUCGAGGCGUCCUCCAAAGACGAUGGAAGUAGGCAUGGGGCCAAGCACGGCGCCAAACUAGCUGGCUGGCUGACGUGGCUGCCCGUGAUUUUGGUAUGCAUAUGCGAGCGUUUGUUGCUGGCGCCCGUGUGUGCAGUCUUCUGAUUGGUCAACAUAUUUGUAGAGACAGUCCGACCUCCGUUGUAUAGCUGCAGUCGGUGUACGGAUGCAUCGUCCUUGGCUUGGCUUGCGAGGCGUCCCCCUCCAAUCGCUUGUCUCUCCCGUCCAGGGGGGGCACGCGGAUGCGAGUGGCUUGGUGCCAAAUCAUUUCCGAAGACUAUCGGUUCGCCUUCCAUGUGAAGAAUCUUUGAGAGCGCGCGCGAGAGACGGGGAGUAGCCGGGGAUCUUGUUGUGGUGUUUGUUUAAUAGUGGUAUGCUUUUACCUCUGUUUUUCCUGUUAUCGUUUGUAGAAGAUCUUGUGUUGAAUAUCCUCAGGUCCUAGAAUUUGUUUUUGUUUGUUGAUUGUUUCGUGUCAGUUCUAUAAAUUGCUUGAGUGCUUUCUUCAUGUUGGGCUGAGCAUUCGCCGGGUCUUGCACAGCAGUGCAAUUACUAAGUUUUGUGUUCAAUCGAGGUGUCGUAGGUUUUUCUCCCGAGAGUUUUUUCUGGUGUAUAUUCUCAUGGGUUGUUGUUUCAAGUAUAUAUUCUCGAGGGCACGAUUAGUUCUUGGUGCUUCGCUGCUUGUGCUGCAGCAACGAAAUGUGGUACAGUAGUGGGCCCCCUAUAGUGCACUUUGAAUAGUGCAACCGCCCGAUACAAACGGCGCCCUCAAUAGUGCAGGAUCUGCACUAUUGAGGCAGAUACCCGAUAUAGUGCAGGUUGGGCACC